GCUGGAGCAAAGAGGAAAGUCACAUUUGUGUCUUUGCAUGCUUUAGGCUUUUGAGUCUUUCUCCAACCAAAUGUCCCAUGAAUCCUAAAAAGCAAUCAACCCAAAUAUACCAAAAGCAAAUAAAGCAAAUAGUGGCUGCUACUCUAUAAUCUAUACUUGUAAGGAGACAAACAAACCACCCCCACAAAUAUUUCUUCAUUCUAUACUCUUUAUACUUCACUUCCACUUCUAAAGCAGAGCAAACCAGAAACUUCCUCUGCAUUCACUUGCUAAACUUACUAACCACUAAUCAACAUUAAAAUGGAGCAAUGCAUUCCUCCUUUUGGCUUGUUUUACUACAAUGAAGAUGAGGGAAUGAUGGCUGAAAUGAGACAAUACAUAUUGCAAUCAAGAAUGGAGUUAGAGGCAACUAUUAUUGCUGCUCAAGGAGAGAUGAUGAAGAAAGAGGAGGAAAUAAUUCACAUCAAAGAUCUUUUGAUGAUGACUAUCAAGGAAAGAGAUGAAGCUCAGUCUAAAUCUGAUAAGUUAAUGGUUGAAAAGCUGCUUUUGCAGCAGAAAUUGCAGCAAAAGCAACAACAACCGCUUUCAGAAAUCUCACAGCAACGGCAACAAAAAGCUGCCGCUGCUGCUACUUUAUCCAACACAAACACUACAACUAACUGUUUUUCCUCAUCCUCUUCAGAGUGCGAGGAAAGCAGUAUAAUCUCUUCACCCCAAGGUGGUGGUGCUAAUUCACCUUCUAGCUUACAACCAUUAAGUUUGCCACCACAAAUGGUGGCACAAUUGGCAAGUAACCACCACCCAUUGCCGGAAAAAGGGAAGCUCUUGAAGGCGGUGAUGGAGGCAGGCCCACUUCUCCAAACACUCCUCUUAGCAGGCCCGCUUCCUCAAUGGCAACACCCACCACCGCGGCUAAACUCCGUUGACAUUCCACCCGUGACUAUUACUACUUCUAACUCUCCUAGGAAAAGGGGGUUAGAUAAUUUUGAUCGCUCUAUAAUGUAUUCUCCCAAGUACCAAAGGGUUGUUUAGAAGUAUGUUUUCAAUGGGUUAAGGAUGGAAAAUCCCCUACAAUAAGGGGAAUUACACUAGAUAGAGAGAAUCAAAAUCUUGUUACAAGGAUAAAAGGAUAAGUCAUUAAUUACCAGACUAACCUAUGAUUCUAUUUUUAGUAGUAUUGACUUUACUAUUAUUAGUAGGUAGAUAUAGUAAUGCUUGUCAAAGUUUGACGUUAAUUUUACCAUGAAAAUCUAGCUAUCUUUUUUCAUACUAGUGAACAUGUAAACAAAAACUAGUGAUGGAAAUAGAUGGUUACCCUUUACCUUACUAACCUAUCAUUUAGUUGGGUUGGUUUUGGUUCUUGUAAAAUAUAGUUUGUCUUAGGCAAAAUUAGGAGAAACAAAUCCUAACUUCUCCCUUGAAAGGGAAUGAAAGGGAGAUUAAGAGAUCAAACAAAGACUAUUUUCAAAGUCAUACAUUGUUUAAUGGUGAAGGUGGUGACUUUUACCCUUUUUUUUUAAUUAUUAUUAAUUUUUUUUCUAAUUUUUGAUGGUAAUGUAAUAUGGUUGAUAGUGAUACUCCCAUACAAAGGAGAUAUGGGUGGGUCCAACUUGGAUUUAUAACCAAGAUAUGGCUUUUGGCUUUUUUUCAUUUUUUAAUUUUAUGUAUGUCAUUUAAACACAUAGUGAUGUAAAUUAUGAUUUGAUGUUUUAAUGAGAAAAAUUAGCAAAAAAGAUAUUCAUAUAAUUA